AUCCUGUGUGUCACCAGAUGCCCUUGAGUGCUUUUCACAAAAGCUGCUGUCUCAAGAAGCGCAUGAAGAUAACGUACAAACAACAGACUACUGCGAGUCACCGGAGAGCUAUACACCUCUAACCACACAUUUUGUUUAUUUUUCACUGUGUUUCCUUCACAGCCUUUCUUGUGGCUCACCCUAUGCAGUUUGUGUACUUGCCAAGAACAUUAUCUGUUUUGACGCUGCUCUUACCUAGCUCAGUUUUUCCGAGACCCUCUUCUCACAGGCUGAGUUUCACCUCACACCUGCAGUGGGCCAGUUUUCAGUCAGAGGAGAGGCCACAUCUGCUUCCUGGAGGCCCUCUGGUCAGAAGCAUGCAUGGCUGGCUGUUCCUGAUCUGGGUCCAGGGGCUGACACUGGCUGCCUUCCUCACUUCAGGAGCCACAGCAGGCACAAUAGAGACAAAGGAGAACAUUUCUGCAGAGGAAGGUGGCUCUGUCAUCUUACAGUGUCACUUCUUCUCCAACACAGCUGAAGUGACCCAAGUCAACUGGGAGCAGCAGGGUCAGCUUCUGGCGGUUUACAGUGCUGACCAGGGGUGGUAUGUCUCUUCAGUCUUCAGUGAGCGGGUGGUUCCAGGCCCUAGCCUAGGCCUCACCUUCCAGUCACUGACAAGGAAUGACACGGGGGAGUACUUCUGCAUCUAUCACACCUAUCCUGAUGGGAUUUACAAGGGGAGAAUAUUCCUGAAGGUCCAAGAAAGCUCAGCGGCUCAGUCCCAGACUGCAUUGCUUGGAGGAGCCAUGGCCACUGUGCUAGGACUCAUCUGCUUAAUGAUCACAGGAGUGACUGUACUGGCUAGAAAGAAGUCUCUUAGACUCCAGUCUAUGGAAAGUGGCCUUGGGAGAAUGGCAGCUGAGCCCCAGGAAAUGAGCCCCAGGAUUCUCUCAUCCCCUGGAGGGCCUGUCCAGACAGAAGCUGCCCCUGCUGGCUUCUGUGAAGAGGAAGAUGACUAUGCUGAACCACGAGACUACUUCAAUGUCCUGGGCUACCGAAGCCUAGAGAGCUUCAGCGUCCUAGCGAAGACUGUCUAAGAACAGUUUUAUCCCUCUCUCUCCUCUCUCUCUCUCUCCUUUCUCCCCGUGUGUUUGUGUGUCUGUAGUUAGUUAAUGAAGGAAAGACAACUUCUUUUCAAGUUCAUUUCUUCUAUCCUUUUCUUCCAUUUCUCUGUGAUAGACCCAAGGUAAACAGCUUGUAACAUGAUUAUAAAUGGACAUUUGAAAAUUAA